AUGGACGGCAGUAACAAGUUCUCGCUAGCCUCUCGACAUCAAUUGGCCAAGGGUAACAAGUUCUUGUCCGCCAUUUCUGACGACAAUGUGAUGAUGAAACAAAUAAUAGCCACCCAUGAUCCUGAUGAUCGAGAUGUCGACACAAGAUCGCUUCUACGCCUGGUCGAAAACAUUCUGAAACGUGCCACCAUAGCUGCUGCUGAUGCCAUGGGCUCAUAUGAACAACUAGAGAGUUUGGAGGAAACAGGCACCCAUCAAGCGGGCUUCACUACCAUGUUGGAAGCUUUGUCCUACACAAUUGAUAGGAUUUCUAGUGAGAUAUCAUACAAGGCUUUGGAGGGGAUAGACCCACAUGCAACAACAUUGGCAAUCUUUAAUAUGUUGGCAAGCUACCGAUGGGAUGCUAAGCUGGUGCUGACAUUAGCAGCUUUUGCUUUGAACUAUGGGGAAUUCUGGCUUCUUGCCCAGAUUUACUCACAAAACCAACUUGCCAAAGCAAUGGCAAUUUUGAAGCAACUUCCAGGAAUCUUUGAGCACUCAAUUGCAUUAAAGCCUAAGUUUGAUGCGCUAAAAGAUCUUGUGGCAGCUAUACUGGAUGUAACUUGGUGCAUCAUUGACUUGAAGGAACUUCCUUCAGCAUAUAUCUCACAAGAGGUUCCAGCAAUGUCCACAGCAGUAGCCCAUAUCCCAACUGCCGUCUACUGGACCAUCAGGAGUAUUGUUUCUUGUGCAACUCAAAUUACUAGCUUAACUAGCAUGGGAUAUGAGCUAGCUUUAUCAACCAGUACCGACUCGUGGGAACUAUCUACACUCGCGCACAAACUUAAAAACAUACGUGACCAUCUCAAAAAGCAGCUGGUACUCUGCCACCAAUAUAUAGAGGAAAAGAGAGAUAUUGAAUCAUUUCAAAUGCUCAUUAAUCUUUUUGAAAUGACCCAUCUGGAUAACAUGAAGGUUCUCAAGGCUUUGAUUUAUGCUAAAGAUGAUCUGCAGCCUCUAGUUGAUGGCUCUACAGGCCAAAGGGUUAGCCUUGAUGUGCUAAAAAGGAAAAAUGUCCUACUGCUCAUCUCAGACUUGAAUAUCUCCCAUGAUGAGCUUUCAAUUCUUGAUCAGCUUUACAAUGAGUCAAGGGCCCAAGGGAUGCGGGUUGAGAGCCAGUUCGAGGUAGUUUGGAUCCCAAUUGUGGACCAUUCUAUCAAGUGGAAUGAUUCGAUGCAAAAACGGUUUGAGUAUCUCCUGUCAAUAAUGCCAUGGCACAUAGUGCACCAUCCUACAUUGAUCUCCAAGGCAGUUACCAGAUUCAUUGGGGAAGUAUGGCAAUUCAGAAACAGGCCCAUCCUAGUGGUGUUAGACCCUCAAGGUAAAGUUGUAAGCCCGAAUGCAAUCCACAUGAUGUGGAUUUGGGGAAGUCUUGCCUUUCCAUUCACCAGCGUGAAAGAGGAAGUUCUCUGGAGGGAAGAGACCUGGCGACUCGAGCUGCUAGUCGACGGAAUCGACCCUGCAGUUCUGAACUGGAUUAAGGAAGAGAGAUACGUCUUCUUAUAUGGAGGAGACGACAUAGAAUGGAUAAGAAAAUUCACAACCACGGCGAAGACUGUGGCACAAGCAGCACGCAUACCAUUAGAAAUGGUGUACGUAGGAAAAAGCAGCAAAAGAGAACGCGUCAAGAAAAUCAUUACAACAAUCAUAACAGAAAAACUUGGCUAUUGCUGGCAAGAUCUUACCAUGAUUUGGUUCUUCUGGACUCGAAUCGAGAGCAUGCUUUACUCCAAGAUCCAAUUAGGAAAAGCCGACGAUUGUGAUCCUCUGAUGCAAGAAAUCAAAAAGCUCCUCAGCUACGACAAAGAAGGAGGAUGGGCAGUUCUGAGCAAAGGAUCAACCGUGAUCCUGAACGGCCACAGCACCACCGUCUUGCCCACCCUCGGGAGUUUCGAUUCAUGGAAGCAACAGGCCGCCGAUAAGGGUUUCGACAUAGCUUUCAAGAAUCACCACGACGAACUUCAAGGCAUUACUCAUCCUUGUUGCCGCUUCGAAUUUCCACACACCACUGGGAGAAUUCCGGAGAAUUUCAAGUGCCCUGAAUGCGAUCGGCAAAUGGAGAAACUCACCACGUUCCUCUGCUGCCAUGACGAAAAUUCAAAUGAAUGAACCCUAUAAAAAGAAAGCGAUCUUGUCCAUCACGAAACCCAUUGUUGCCGUAAUUUCAUCCUGUGACACGAAUUUGGGCUUCUGAUGAUGAGAAAUGAUUGCCACGGGGAGAUGGGUUUGAAGGAUUAAUGAAUAAUCACUAAUCAUGAAUUUAAAUACUAACAAUAAAGAUUUCUUAAUUUAUUUUAAGAUUAUUAAAUAAUGUAUAGGGCUAAAUAGUAAAUAAUAAUAUGAUUUGGCCCUUAAUAUUUUAAAAUUUUCUGAUUUAUUCUCUCCCCGUUAUAGUACGUUUAGUUAACUUUUUUUUUUUUUUUUUUUUCAAUCUCUAAAUACGAGAGCUAAAUUGUAAAAUCUUAUCACUCAGUAGAAAAAUAGUAUUUAUGAAAAUUGAUUUAUGCCGACCACGAACAUGGAUUUUUGAAAAUUGAUCAUCUAUCCUGAGGCUUUCUCAUAUAUCUCCAUCUUGAUCACCCUCCAGUCAUUUUUCGUC